UGAAUUUGGAGAAAGAAAAGCACACACAUACUGAAAAGUCGUGAAAUUCUGUGAAUUUGAUACUUUUACUGGCAUAAUCUGCAAGAAGACGUCACGAUGGCGUCCUACCAAAUUGCUAAUCUGUUGGAUAAGAUGACUUCCAACGACAAGGACUUUCGCUUUAUGGCCACGAACGAUUUGAUGACGGAACUGCAAAAGGAUAGCAUCAAACUAGACGAUGAGUCGGAGAAAAAGGUGGUCCGAAUGGUCCUGAGGCUUCUUGAGGAUAAGAAUGGAGAAGUGCAGAAUCUUGCGGUGAAGUGCCUCGGGCCGCUGGUAAUAAAGGUGAAGGAGAACCAAGUGGAGACAAUUGUGGAUUCUCUAUGCGCUAAUAUGGUGUCCAACAAGGAGCAAUUGCGAGAUAUCUCAAGCAUAGGGUUGAAAACGGUAAUUUCAGAACUGCCACAGACGCCCAACUCUUUGGCCCCGAAUGUAUGUCAGAGAAUCACCGGGAAAUUGAGUAAUGCCAUCGAGAAAGAGGACGUGAGUGUGCAACUUGAGGCUCUGGACAUUCUAUCGGAUCUGCUGUCGCGCUUCGGUGAUCUCCUUGUGCCGUUUCACGAUACCAUCCUGAAGGCGUUAAUGCCACAACUGGGCUCUCAGCGUCAAGCGGUGCGGAAGAGAACAAUUGUGGCGCUGUCGCAUCUCCUUACAUCCUGCAGCAACUGCGCUUACAACAAAGUCAUUGAGUACCUGCUGGAUGGACUAAAGAAGCCACAGAACACCAGCACAAUUCGCACCUACAUCCAGUGCCUGGCGUCAAUUUGCCGUCAGGCUGGACAUCGUCUCUGCAAUCAUAUUGAUCGCGUGAUGGUGUUGCUUAACGAGUACAGCCAGCGCGAAGAUGAUGAGCUGCGCGAAUUCUGCCUGCAGGCAUGCGAAGCGUUCAUACAGAGGUGUCCGGAGGCGAUUGUGCCUCACAUACCAAGCAUUGUGGCAUUGUGCCUGGAUUACGUGACCUAUGACCCAAAUUACAACUACGAGGCAGACGAUGGAGACGCCGGCGUGUCAAUGGAUACAGAGGAAGAGGAGGAUGUGGACAGCGAGGAGUACAGUGAUGAUGACGAUAUGAGCUGGAAGGUGCGUCGCUCAGCUGCAAAGUGUCUGGAGUCUGUCAUCUCCACACGUCAUGAGCUGCUUGAAGAGUUCUACAAGACUCUCUCGCCAGCCUUGAUUUUGCGCUUCAAGGAGCGCGAGGAGAAUGUAAAAUCCGACAUCUUCCAUGCCUAUAUUGCCUUGCUGAAGGCAACACGUCCGUCUGAUGACUCCACUCAUGAUCCAGACUCCAUGGAGCAAGUUCCCGGACCCAUUAGCAUGCUGCAAGAUCAAGUGCCAGAAAUAAUCCGUGCUAUUCAGCCGCUGAUGCGCGAGAAGUCGGUGAAGACGCGUCAAGAUUGUUUCCUGCUUCUGCGUGAACUUCUAAAUGCACUGCCCGGAGCAUUAGCAAAACACGUGGAUCAACUGAUGCCGGGAAUCAACUACUCAUUGAGCGAUAAGAACUCUACAUCAAAUAUGAAGAUAGACGCCCUGAGUUUCGUCUGUUGCAUGCUUCAGGGUCACAAUCCUCAAGUAUUUCAUCCUCACAUCCAACUUCUGGUGCCUCUGGUUGAGAAUGCUGUGUUCGAUCCAUUCUAUAAGAUCGCCACGGAAGCUCUCCUUGUGCUACAGCAACUGGUGAAGGUGAUUCGCCCACUAUCGAUGGACACUAACUUUGACUUUGCUCCAUUCGUACCGCAAUUAUACAACUGUACACUGCAGAAGUUACGAUCUCCCGAGGUGGAUCAGGAGGUGAAAGAGCGCGCCAUUGCUUGUAUGGGACAGAUCAUCGCCAAUAUGGGCGAUGUGCUGAGAACUGAGCUUACAACAUGCUUGCCACUAUUCAUGGAGCGUCUGAGGAAUGAAGUGACUCGCUUGUCUUCAGUGAAGGCUCUCACGAUGAUUGCCGCAUCUCCGCUGAGAGUGAAUUUGUCCCCAAUCAUUGUUGAUGUGAUUCCAACUUUGGGGUCGUUCCUGAGAAAGAAUCAACGUGCUUUGAAACUCAAUUCCUUGACACUUCUGGACACACUUGUCAUCAAUUACAGUCCCUUCUUCAAUCCGGAACUCCUCAAGACGGCUAUUCAGGAGGUCCCACCGCUUCUCUCCGAGUCUGAUCUACAUGUCGCUCAACUGUCACUGGUGUUCCUGACUUCGGCUGCCCAGCAACAGCCUCAGGCAGGCGUAUACGAAGCGAUUCUGCCUGAAGUGAUGACCCUCGUGCGAUCGCCACUGCUUCAAGGCACGGCCCUGAACUGCACGCUCAAGUUCUUCCAGGCUCUAGUGCAGGCAAAUCUGCCGCGUCUGAGCUACAACUAUUUACUGGAGCUCCUCAUGGCACCGGUGAUUAAUCAGCAGCCCGGUCAGGUGCUACACAAGCAAGCUUAUCACUCUCUGGCCAAGUGUGUGGCUGCCAUCACACUUCAAGUGCCACAGCAAGCGGAACCUGUGGCAGCUCAACUUCUGCACGACAUCCAAGAUCGCAAAUCUGACACUUACCUGGUGUUCUGUCUCCUCACAAUCGGCGAAAUUGGACGACACUUCAACCUCAGCAACAUCGAAAUGCUGCCUCAGUGUAUUCUGAAUUGCUUUGCUGCCCAGAGUGAAGAUGUCAAGGCAGCUGCGAGUCACGCUUUGGGCGCUGUCGCUGUAGGAAAUCUCAAUUGCUACCUCCCGUUUAUCCUUAGCGAGAUUGAGGCGCAGCCCAAGCGACAAUACUUGCUACUGCACUCUCUGAAAGAGGUAAUUUCUUCUCUAUCACUCUCUAAAGGCGGUCUAGAGCAACUCAUCCCAUCAGUGCCGUCAAUUUGGGCUCAGCUCUUCAAGCACUGCGAGUGUUCAGAGGAGGGAUCUCGAAACGUCGUAGCCGAGUGUCUGGGAAAACUCGUUCUCGUGCUGCCCGAUGAGCUAUUGCCUCGUCUUCAGCAAGCGCUGAAGAGUGAGAGUCCGCUAAUGCGCACAGCUGUGGUCUCUUCCAUCAAGUUCACCAUUUCCGAUCAGCCGCAGCCGAUCGAUCCACUGUUGCGUCAGUGCAUUGGCCAAUUUUUGUACGCUCUUCAAGAUCCGGAACCUUCAGUGCGACGCGUGGCUCUGGUGGCAUUCAACUCGGCUGUACACAAUAAACCGAGUCUCGUGCGUGAUCUUUUGCCAGAAUUACUACCGCAACUCUACUCGGAGACGAAGAUCAAGAAAGAGCUCAUUAGAGAAGUGGAAAUGGGCCCGUUUAAACACACUGUAGAUGAUGGCCUGGACAUCCGCAAGGCUGCAUUUGAGUGCAUGUACACUCUUCUGGAGCAGGGACUCGAUCGUGUGGAUAUCAUGCAGUUCCUGGAGCAUGUUCAAGCUGGACUCAAAGAUCACUAUGACAUCAAAAUGCUUACGUACUUGAUGACGGCUCGCCUGGCUCAAUUGUGUCCAACUGCGGUCUUACAGAGACUCGAUCAGUUUGUCGAUCCUCUCAGAGCCACGUGUACCUUGAAAGUCAAAGCAAAUUCAGUAAAGCAGGAGUAUGAGAAGCAGGAUGAACUGAAGAGAUCUGCUCUGAGAGCUGUGGCUGCUCUAGCUUCUAUUCCUAAAGCUGAUGUAAAUCAACACUUGAGUGAAUUCCUGGCACUCAUUCGGGCCACUCCGGAUCUUCAGACGCUCUAUGAGUCCGUUCAAAAGGAUACAUCGGUUAAUAGCAAUACAGAUUCGGGAAUAAGCAUGGAUCAGAGCUAAGAAUGUGGUAAAUUUAUCCAUUUGUCGCAGGAAAUGAAGAGCUGAAAGACGAUAUCCUUAAAAAUAAUGAGAAGCGCUUUUGACGAGAUUCAAGGUUUAUCUAAAAAAAAAGUGUUUUAUGUUCCAAAAUUUCUCUAUUCUUUAUUAAAAUAUAUUUCAUAAUUUUGAAGAUGUGUGAACAAAUUUAAGUAGAUUUUCACCAUUUUCUGUGGUUUUUUAUUGUAAUUGUGAAAAUUGAAAUGCAUUUUUUAAAUAAGAUUAAACAUUGAACAAUUUAAUUGCAUUUCUUUGCUAUUCAUGAUGAAAGAAUGAAGAAAAAAGAGUCAGUUUAAUGUAUUUUGGAGCACAAUUUAUUGUUUUCCCUUGUCAAAUUCAUAUUAUUAAUAAAAAGUCGGGGUGUAAUAUCUCACAAAGAAAUAUAAAAACAAAUUUUCAGCUAAGAAGUAUCUUUUAACUCUCUGUGCUGAGCAUACAUUUUAUCUAAAUAUUUCACUUUAACUGCGAUUUUUUUUUUCAAUUUGUUUUAAUAUUAUAUAUAUUCACUGCAAGGAAGAAAAAAAAAAGAAAUUGAGAUAAAAUGAGUAAAGGGAUAGAGGAAUAGAGAAGAUGAAGAGGAAAUGAAAA